AUCCCCCGGCGACCGGAAAGAAAUGAGCAUCCCUUUUCAGCCAAUGAGCAAUUAGUACCAAUAUGGGUGAAGAGAGCAGAAGCUGGCCUAGACACGAAACAAGCCGAAAAUUCAUCUGGAUCAUCAUCAUCAUCAGCCCUGGAACAGAGAAGUAUUGAGCAUGCAAUUCAGGUCAUAUCUUCACUGAUUUCUAUCUCUCAUUCCAUAAAAGUUUUUGCUGGAAAAUGGCAAUCUAUUCGCGACAGGCUUGAAGAACUUCUUUCCAGCCUCACGGUUAUAGAAAACUGUGAUUCUAUUGACAACCCUUCACUUGUUAGCACUCUCAAGGCCAUAUCAUGCUCUAAGGAUUGUGAUGAUCUUGCAAAGAGCUGUUUGAGGCUAUCCUUUAGUGGGAAGCUGCUCAUGCAGAGUGAUCUUGAUAUAGUUUGUGCAAGAUUGAGCGAUUAUACUAAAAGUCUCUCUGAUAUUUACACUCUUGGAUUGCUUACUCAGAAUUAUGCAAUAGUUUUAUCAAGGCCGAAUCUUGGAGCUUCGAAAGAUGACAUGAAGCUGUAUGUGAAGGACUUAUUGUCAAGACUCAAGAUUGGUUCUGCAGAUAUGAAGGUACAAGCUUUGAUUUCCUUCAAUGAAGUCAUUCAAGAAGAUGACAAAUAUGUCAAGAUUGCGGUGGAAAUCGAGAAUUUUGUCGGUCUUCUAGUGAAUUUUCUUGAUUCACAUGAGACUGAAAUUCAAGAAGAGGCUGCAAAAGCAGUUUCUGUGAUUGCAGGGUUUCAGGCUUACAGGGGAGUAUUGGUUGGCGGGAUAAUUGCUCCACUGAUCAGAGUUUUGGAAAGUUGGAGUGAAUCGAGUAAAGAAUUUGCUGCAAGGUGUCUGCAGAAAUUGACUGAGAAUUCAGAUAACGCGUGGUCAAUUUCAGCUCAUGGUGGGGUUACUGCCCUGAUGAAAAUAUGCAAUAAUGGAGAUAAUUCUGGUGAAUUAGUAGGAUUGGCUUGUGGGGUGUUGAAAAAUCUUGUUGGAGGAGAAAUCAAGAAAUUCAUGGUUGAAGAAGGAGCAAUAUCUGUCUUUAUCAAGCUGAUACGGUCUAGAGAUGGUGCUGCAGUUUCAAAAAUAAGUUCAAUUGAUAUUCUUCUAACAAUGGCCUCAGGAGAUGAAUCAAUUAGGCAAAUAAUUGUCAAAGAAGGUGGGGUUCGCGCACUAGUCCGUGUUUUGGAUCCCAGAUUAUCAUUCCCCUCAAAAGCAAGGGAGAUGGCAUUAAAGGGCAUCAUGAGCUUUUGCUUUUCCUCUGUCAAUUGUUUUAACAUAUUGUUAAAUUAUGGUUUCUUGGAUCACAUCAUGUAUUUUCUUCACGAGGAGGUUUCACUCCAAGAAUUAGCAUUAAAGGCUGCAUUUUGGCUGUGUGGAACGUCAGAGGAAGCAAAGAAAGCAAUGGGAGAUGCUGGAUUUAUGCCUGAAUUGGUCCAAUUUCUUGAUUCUAAGUCAUUGGAGGUGUGUGAAAUGGCAUCUGAAACACUCUAUACAAUGAUUUUAGUACCCAAAAACAGAAAGAGAUUUGUGCAGAAUGAGCAGAACGUGGGACUUCUUCUACAAAAGCUUGACCGAGUGGAGAUGAAUUCAGGUAACAGAAAGUUACUGCUUUCCAUUUUGAUGUCACUGACCAGCUGCAACAGUGCAAGAAAGAAAAUUGCAAAUUGGUACCUCAAAAAGAUUGAAAAGCUUGCGGAGUCUGAUAACUCAGAUGCAAAAAGGAUUGUCAGAAGGCUUUCCUCCAAUAGAUUCCGUAACAUUUUUAAUGGGUUCUGGAAUUCCUGAACGUUACUUUUACUUCUUAUUUAUUAAAUUGUCCUGUACAUCACCAUUAUAUUAAGUGAGUUUCAGUUGUAAUUUUAGGUAGAUCUCCUUCUUACCCUUUUGUCUUCUGCAAAAAGAAAAAUACGUGUACAACAUCUAUCUAGUUCAUCGUAGCAUUAAUUAUUUAUAGGGUUCCAUUGGAAUGAGAAUUUUUGUAUUAGGCCAAUAAAUGCCUCUGAAGGGAAAAAGGGCAUUUAAGUAGAUCUUUUCUAUGGUUUUGUGAAGGGCACAUGGGAAUGGCAUGAAAUGAAGAUAAUAGGCAUGUGAUCAGUAGCAAUCAAUGCUUUGUCUUCCUUCAAUUUGUACGAAGAAGAGAGUGAUGGAUGAUAUGGGCAUUUGGCUGGCUCAGUCCUGUAAUUGCUCGUCUUUCCUUCCUCA